CCGCCGGGUCUUCUGGCCGCGCCGGGCGCCUGCUGGGGCAGCUGGCGGCGCGCUCCCAGCGAGGCUGGCGCCGGGUCCCUCUGCGCCCCAUCAUUUUCCCUUUGUGUUCGCGCCGGGAACGGCCCUGCUGGGGCCCCCUCGGCGAGCGUGCGCGCCGCCGCGUCCGGCCUGGUGUCGGCGUCGCGUACCCCGCGCGCACGGGAAAUGCUUCCGGACGCGCAGCUGAGACCAGGACGACUAGCGGCUGGGGCCUCGGAGGCCGUCCCUGGCUGACAGCUGUUGGCGGCGGAGACGCCCCGUGCCCUGCCCGCCCCACCGCCCCUCCUGCGUCCGCCGGGCACCUGGGGCACUGCCCGCGCAGGCUCGGGGACGGGCAGAGAACCUGUGUGCUGACACAGGGGCGCCCAGUGUCCAGGAGUCACUGCAGACCCCUCAUUUCUGCCAGGACAAAGCGCUCAGGCCCGUGAGGAGGGGGACGGGAAGACUGCGCGGCAGGGCCCGCCCCUCGGAUGCACCGCCUCACAGAGAGAUGAAGGGGCAGCAGAAAGCAGCUGAAACGGAAGAGGGCACGGUGCAGAUCCAGGAAGGUGCAGUAGCAACUGGGGAGGACCCCACCAGUGUGGCCAUCGCCAGCAUCCAGUCUGCUGCCACCUUCCCUGACCCCAACGUCAAGUACGUCUUCCGAACUGAGAAUGGGGGCCAGGUGAUGUACAGGGUGAUCCAGGUGUCCGAGGGGCAGCUGGAUGGCCAGACUGAGGGGACUGGCGCCAUUAGUGGCUACCCCGCCACUCAGUCCAUGACCCAGGCGGUGAUCCAAGGGGCGUUCACCAGUGAUGACGCAGUUGACACGGAGGGGACAGCGGCGGAGACGCACUACACGUACUUCCCGGGCACUGCUGUGGGAGAUGGGGCUGCGGGGGCCACGUCGGGUAGCACCGCAGCUGUCGUCACAACGCAGGGCUCAGAGGCGCUGCUGGGACAGGCCACGCCGCCCAGCACUGGCCAGUUCUUCGUGAUGAUGUCACCACAGGAAGUGCUGCAGGGAGGAAGCCAGCGCUCCAUCGCCCCCAGGACCCACCCUUACUCCCCGAAGUCAGAAGCCCCCAGGACAACGAGGGACGAGAAGCGCAGGGCUCAGCAUAAUGAAGUGGAGCGGCGCCGCCGGGACAAGAUCAACAACUGGAUCGUGCAGCUGUCCAAGAUCAUCCCAGACUGCUCCAUGGAGAGCACCAAGUCGGGCCAGAGUAAAGGUGGGAUCCUGUCCAAGGCCUGUGACUACAUCCAGGAGCUUCGGCAGAGUAACCACCGGCUGUCUGAAGAGCUGCAGGGGCUCGACCAGCUACAGCUGGACAACGAUGUGCUUCGCCAGCAGGUGGAAGACCUCAAGAACAAGAACCUGCUGCUCCGCGCCCAGCUGCGGCACCACGGGGUGGAGGUGGUCAUCAAGAACGACAGCAACUGACUGGGUGUCCUUGUCCUGGAACCGCAGAAAGCCCUGAAGCACAGGCUCCCCCUGUGCCCCUUUCCUUUGCUGCCCGUUUUUGGCAAGAUACUGGGAGGAGUUCAGGGGCACGCCCGGAAAGCAGCACACAGUGGUGUGAGACCCUGGACGUGCCCUGACAGCCUGGCCCAGCGUCGUGCAGCCCCGGCUCCCCUUGCACAGAGCCCACGCUGUCGGGGUGGACACCAGACCCACCCAGUGGGGUUUGCCUGGUGCUGGCUUCCAGUACCUGCAGAGGGUUUGCUGACGGUGACCCUGGCGGCCCUGGCUCCGUGCUUCUGCGGCUCCGUCUCCCUGGAGCUUGGCUGUGCCCCCGAGGGCGCCAGGGAACGGGCUUCCGCAAGCAGUGAGGGGGAGGGAAAGCAGCCCGGCCGCUGCCGCGGAAGAGACGAGCCGCUUGGGCGGCAAUGCGACCUGUGCAGAAGUCCAGGGAGAACCACAGACGGAGCCCACGUGCGGCCUUUCCCCUCUGGGGACGGUCCCCCUCCCCCCUUUUCUUUUUUUAAGAUAAAAUGCAGAGCCACA